UCUUAUGUGUGUUGACCAAGAAACCUAGAGGGAGAAUAACACUUGACAUCUUCAAGCCGCCGGAGUUGACUGUCCUCCGUUCACACCGGACGUUCACACCGGACGUGUGUGAACGUUCACACCGGACGUGUGUGAACGUUCACACCGGACGUGUGUGAACGUUCACACCGGACGUUCACACUUGGUUUAACACCUAUAAAUAUGGGUGUAUUGUGAACUUCAUUUGUAGCUCUAAUCUAUUCUCUCGCUUCUCUCAAGUUUAUAACAUCUCGCUUCUCUCUAGUUUAUAACACGUUAUCAGCACGAAAGUUCUAGUUCUCUCAUCAUCUCCCUUCGAUCGUAAAAGAAUUGCACGGAUGGCAAACAUAGCCAAACUUGAGUUCAUCGCCCUUGACAUCUCGGGCAAGAAUUACAUGUCAUGGACUCUUGAUGCUGAUAUUCACCUGAUCUCAAGGGGUCUAGGAGAAACUAUCAAAGAAGGAAACAAAGCGUCCGACCAGGAUCGCGCUAAGGCACUAAUAUUCCUUCGUCAUCACCUUCAUGAUGACCUUAAGACAGAGUAUCUGACUGUCAAAGAUCCACAAGAAUUGUGGAUGAACCUCAAAGACAGGUUUGAUCAUCAAAAGACUGUCGUCCUUCCUAAAGCUCGUUACGAGUGGAUGCAUCUAAGACUGCAAGACUUUAAGUCUCAACAAUAUAGAGAGCGGGGUUUCAAAAAGUAUUCAGAAUUAAUAGCUUGUUUGUUGGUUGCCGAGCAAAAUAAUGAAUUGCUCUUGAAAAAUCACGCACUCCGCCCCACCGGUUCCGCUGCAUUGCCUGAAGCCAAUGCAACUUUCAACCAUGAUAAUGGACGUGGACGUGGGCGUGGACGUGGACGUGGAUAUGGUCGUGGUCGUGGACGCGGUAAACCACAUGAUGCAACUUUUAGCAACAAAAAGCAUAAAGCAUCCAACGAGCACAAUUCAUACAAAAAGGAAGGUGAAUGCCAAAGGUGUGGUAUGACAGGACAUUGGGCACGUACUUGCCGAACAGCAAAAUACCUUGCAGAUCUAUAUCAAGAUUCAAUCAAGGGAAAAGGCAAGAAGGAGUCCAAUAAUGUUGACUUUGACGGUCCAAUUGAUACUACUCAUUUAGAUGUCUCCGACUUCUUUGAUGACCCAAAAGGAGAUAAUAUAGAUCAAUUGAUCGGUGGUGGUGUGCUUGAAAAUAAUAAUAUGGACACUGUUUAGUCCUUAAUUUUAAUUUUUUUUUCUUUUCUAGUUGUUAAGAUGACAUUGCUUAUUUUUAAUUUCAAGAUGUUGUUUUUAUUUUUUUUAUUACAAUAAUAAAAAUCAAAUGCUUACUCAA